UGCAGAGGAACAGGGCAAACCCCUGACUUCCGGUGGCAUUUUGAGGUGAUCCUCCCAGCGGCCUGGUGGUGUGUUUGUUGCCUUUUCCUACUCUCCGGUCUCUCUUCGUUGUUUUUCUUUCUACGUCUCGCUUGAUCCCGGCGAAGCGGCUGGCGGGUUCCGCUUCUCAGCCUCCUUUGGGGCCCCUCGCUAGCCGAGGGCCCGUUCCUGGGAGCCGCGCGCGCACCUUCUUCUCCUCAUCGUCUUCCCGGGGCCAGGCGCGGGGACAGAGAGUCGCCUCCCCCGCUCCUCGGAGCGGUGGCGGCGGUGACGCCUCCAGACUGUGCUGUGCUUGUGAAGGGAGCUCAGGGAGGAGGUUCAAAAAAUUUAUGUGACUUGAAAAUUAUUCGGAGUUGAUGUUACGUGAGUGAUAUUGUUAGGAUUGUGUCUGUGGAGCGUCGCGUCAAGCUAUUCGUAGUACAAAAUGUCAAAAAUUAGAAGGAAGGUCACAGUGGAAAAUACCAAGACCAUAUCUGAUAGCACAUCCCGAAGACCCAGUGUAUUUGAGAGGCUCGGACCCAGCACUGGCAGUACAGCAGAGACACAGUGCCGUAACUGGCUGAAGACGGGCAACUGCCUCUAUGGAAACACAUGUAGAUUCGUACAUGGCCCUUCACCCCGUGGUAAAGGUUAUAGCAGCAGUUACAGAAGGUCACCAGAAAGACCUACAGGGGAUCUCAGAGAAAGAAUGAAGAACAAGCGCCAAGAUGUGGACACUGAGUCCCAGAAACGAAGUACAGAGGAGUCAUCCUCACCUGUUAGGAAAGAAUCAUCAAGAGGGAGACAUAGGGAAAAGGAAGACAUAAAAAUCACUAAGGAGAGAACUCCAGAAAGUGAAGAAGAAAAUGUAGAAUGGGAAACUAAUAGAGAUGAUUCUGACAAUGGAGAUAUUAAUUAUGAUUAUGUUCAUGAAUUGUCAUUGGAAAUGAAGCGUCAGAAGAUACAGAGGGAAUUAAUGAAACUGGAACAAGAAAACAUGGAGAAGAGAGAAGAAAUUAUUAUUAAAAAAGAGGUUUCACCAGAAGUGAUUAGAUCAAAAUUGUCUCCAUCUCCUUCUCUAAGAAAGUCUAGCAAAUCUCCAAAGCGAAAAUCAAGCCCUAAAUUGUCAUCUUCAACUAGCAAGAAGGACAGGAAGACAACUGCAGUAUCCUCUCCAUUGUUGGACCAGCAGAGGAAUUCAAAAAGCAACCAAAGUAAAAAGAAAGGACCUCGCACUCCUAGUCCACCCCCUCCUGUACAGGAAGAUAUUGCUCUGGGGAAAAAAUACAAAGAAAAGUAUAAAGUAAAAGACAGGAUAGAAGAAAAACCAAGAGACGGAAAGGACAGAGGACGAGAUUUUGAAAGACAAAGAGAAAAAAGAGACAAGCCCAGGUCUACUUCGCCUGCAGGACAGCAUCAUUCUCCUAUAUCUUCUAGACAUCACUCAUCUUCCUCACAAUCAGGAUCAUCUAUUCAAAGGCAUUCUCUUUCUCCUCGUCGAAAAAGAACUCCUUCACCAUCUUAUCAGAGGACAAUAACUCCACCUUUAAGACGCUCUGCGUCACCUUAUCCUUCACAUUCGCUAUCUUCUCCUCAGAGAAAGCAAAGUCCCCCAAGACAUCGCUCUCCCAUGCGAGAGAAAGGGAGGCAUGAUCAUGAACGAACUUCACAAUCUCAUGAUCGUCGUCAUGAAAGGAGGGAAGAGACUAGAGGCAAAAGGGAUAGAGAAAAGGACACAAGAGAAGAACGUGAGUAUGAACAGGAUCAGAGCUCUUCUAGAGACCACAGAGAAGACAGAGAACCUCGAGAUGGUCGGGAUCGGAGAGAUGCCAGGGAUGCUAGAGACCGGAGGGAACUAAGAGACUCCAGAGACAUUCGGGACUCCAGGGACAUGAGAGAUUAUAGCAGAGAUACCAAGGAGAGCCGUGAUCCCAGAGAGUCUCGCUCUACUCGUGAUGCUCAUGACUACAGGGACCGGGAAAGUCGAGAUGCUCAUCGAAAGGAGGAUUCAUAUCAGGAAGAAUCCCGAAGUUAUGGCAGAAACCAUUUGAGAGAAGAAAGCUCUCGUACUGAAAUAAGGAAUGAUUCCAGAAAUGAGUCUCGAAGCGAAAUUAGGAAUGACCGGAUGGGCAGAAGUAGGGGGAGAGGUCCAGAGUUACCUGAAAAGGGAAGUCGAGGCACAAGAGGUUCUCAAAUUGAUAGUCACAGUAGUAGUAGCAACUAUCACGACAGCUUGGAAACUCGAAGUAGCUACCCUGAAAGAGACAGAUAUCCUGAUAGAGACAACAGAGAUCAAACAAGGGAUUCUUCCUUUGAGAGAAGACAUGGAGAGAGAGACCGUCGUGACAACAGAGAGAGAGCUCCUAUGUUCUACACCUCCUGCUGCCCCUAUCCUUUGCCACCAGUGUUCUCAGGUCCUGCUGGGGGGACAGAGAAGAUCAGAGAUCAAAGACCAAGCUCACCAAUUCGACAUCAGGGAAGGAGUGACGAGCUUGAGCGUGAUGAAAGAAGAGAGGAACGAAGAGUAGACAGAGUGGAUGAUAGAAGAGAUGAAAGGGCUAGAGAAAGAGAUCGGGAACGAGAACGUGACAGAGAGCGGGAAAGAGAGCGGGAACGUGAGCGGGAUCGGGAGAGAGAGAAGGAAAGAGAACUAGAAAGAGAGCGUGCUAGGGAACGGGAGAGGGAAAGAGAAAGAGAAAAAGAGAGAGACCGUGAAAGAGAGAGAGAUCGUGACCAUGAUAGAGAGAGAGAAAGAGAGAGGGAGCGAGAUAGGGAAAAAGAACGGGAGCGAGAGCGAGAGAGAGAAGAAAGGGAGAGAGAGAGAGACCGAGAACGGGAGAGGGAGAGAGAGCGAGAACGGGAACGAGAAAGAGCAAGAGAAAGGGAUAAAGAAAGAGAACGUCAAAGGGAUUGGGAAGACAAAGACAAAGGACGAGAGGACCGCAGAGAAAAGCGAGAAGAUAUCCGAGAAGACCGGAGUCUAAGAGAUGGACAUGAUGAGAGAAAAUCAAAGAAACGCUAUAGAAAUGAAGGGAGCCCUAGCCCUCGUCAGUCACCUAAGCGCCGACGAGAACAUUCUCCCGACAGUGACACCUACAACAGUGGAGAUGAGAAAAAUGAAAGACACAGACUCUUAAGCCAGGUUGUACGACCUCACGAAUCUCAUUCUCUCAGUCCUUCACACUUUCCAGAAGACAGGCAGGGGAGAUGGAAAGAGGAAGAUCGUAAACCAGAAAGGAAAGAGAGUUCCAGGCGCUAUGAAGAGCAAGAGCUCAAAGAGAGAGUUUCUUCUGUAGAUAAACAAAGAGAACAGACAGAAAUCAUGGAAAGCUCAAGGACUCGGGACUUGAUAGGACACCAUCCAUCUGAAGACCGAGACACAUCUGAUGGAACUCAUGAUGAAAACAAGAAAAAAGCAAAAAUUCAAAAGAAACCUAUUAAGAAAAAGAAAGAGGAUGAUGUUGGAAUAGAGAGGGGUAACACAGAGACAGCAUCUGAAGAUAGUCAAGUAUUUUCACCAAAAAAAGGACAGAAGAAGAAAAGUGUUGAAAAAAAACAUAAAAGACCCAGAGGUGAUUCUGAUAAUUCCGAUGAAGAAGCAGCCCAGCUGAGUAAGAAGAAGAGAGGACCCCGGACUCCUCCUAUAACAACCAAAGAGGAAUUGCUUGAAAUGUCCAAUGAUAAGGAGGCGACUGUAGAAGAUCCUCAGAGAAAAGAAGAUACAGCAUUCAGUGACUGGUCUGAUGAGGAUGUGCCUGACCGUGCAGAGGUGACAGAGCAUGCUGCCGCAGCUGCUACUCCCGGAAGGACUCCUUCCCCGUCUUCCCUUCCUCCCCCUCCCCCUCCUCUGGCCACUGCCCCUGGUACUCUUGCUGCUACUGCAAAUGCCACCAGCACCUUCAGCACAUCCGCCACUAUUUCCACCUCUGCCAGUACUGCCAGUGUAGCUUUUACCAGUGAAGACUCACAUAGAAAAGGCCAUAAAGCACGAGCGGAAAAAGCAGAGGCACCUCAUGUAACUAUAGAAGAUGCACCACAUCGCAAGCCAGUGGAUCAGAAGAGGAGCAGCAGCCUUGGGAGCAAUCGGAGUAAUCGUAGUCAUACAUCUGGGCGUCUGCGCUCCCCAUCCAAUGAUUCUGCCCAUCGCAGUGGAGAUGACCAAAGUAGUCGAAAGAGAGUACUGCAUAGUGGCUCAAGAGACAGAGAAAAAACAAAAAGCCUGGAAAUCACAGGAGAGAGAAAAUCGAGGAUUGAUCAGUUAAAGCGUGGGGAACCCAGUCGAAGUACUUCUUCAGAUCGCCAGGAUUCAAGAAGCCAUAGUUCAAGACGAAGUUCUCCUGAGUCAGAUCGACAGGUUCAUUCAAGGUCUGGGUCAUUUGAUAGCAGAGAUAGGCUUCAAGAACGAGAUCGAUAUGAGCACGAGAGAGAGCGGGAGAGAGAGAGGAGAGAUACAAGGCAGAGAGAAUGGGAUCGAGAUGUCGAUAAAGACUGGUCACGGAGCAGAGACCGAGACAGACUACGGGAACGAGAGAGAGAACGAGACAAAAGGAGAGACUUGGACAGGGAAAGAGAACGACUGAUUUCUGAUUCCAUGGAAAGAGACAGAGACAGAGCUUUCGAGAGUUGUUCUCAAAUGGAGUCAGUGAAACGCAAUGAAGCAAAACUGGAGAGUGAACAUGAAAGAGACCUAGAAGGCAUGUCCCGAGACUCUUUAGCUUUGGAUAGAGAAAGAAUGGAUAAAGAUCUAGCAUCUAUACAGGGAUUUGAAGAUACAAAUAAAGCUGAGAGAACUGAGAGUGUGGAAGCAGAUGACGAAUCCAAGUUAGAUGAUACACAUUCAUUAGGAUCUGGUGCUGGAGAAGGAUACGAGCCCAUCAGUGAUGAUGAACUAGAUGAAAUUCUGGCAGGUGAUGCUGAAAAGAGAGAGGACCAACAGGAUGAGGAGAAGAUGCCAGAUCCAUUAGAUGUGAUAGAUGUAGAUUGGUCUGGUCUUAUGCCAAAGCAUCCAAAAGAACCCCGAGAGCCUGGGGCUGCACUCCUGAAGUUCACACCUGGAGCUGUUAUGCUGAGAGUUGGGAUUUCUAAAAAGUUGGCAGGUUCUGAACUCUUUACCAAAGUCAAGGAAACAUGUCAGAGACUUUUAGAAAAACCCAAAGAUGCAGACAGUCUUUUUGAACAUGAACUAGGGGCUCUCAAUAUGGCUGCACUACUACGAAAGGAAGAAAGAGCAAGUCUUCUCAGUAACCUUGGGCCAUGUUGUAAAGCAUUGUGCUUCAGACGAGAUUCUGCAAUCCGAAAGCAGCUUGUUAAAAAUGAGAAGGGCACAGUAAAACAAGCUUACACAAAUGCUCCAGUGGUGGACAAUGAAUUAUUACGACUGAGUCUGCGAUUAUUUAAGCGGAAGACUACUUGCCACGCCCCAGGACAUGAAAAGACUGAAGAUAAUAAACUCUCACAACCCAGUGUCCAACAGGAACUGUGUGUAUCUUAAGACUGAAGUUCAGUGACAUUUUUGGUACUAUGUUUCUUCAGCAGUGCGUAUUUCUUCGAAGUUCUUUGGUUUCAAAGGCAUUAUAGUGACAAUGGCAGAAAACAUUUAUCAGCCAUGCUAAAAGAGUGAAGAACUUGGAUCUAAAGUGUAAAGACAGUUUUGGCUAAUUUAAGAUUUUACGUAACUUUUUACACAGUACUUGAUACUCAUGCAAAAUAAUGUGAAAGCACCUAAAUUUAGUAGUUUAUUUUGUACACUUUGUUUAAAACUGAAGUUUGGAAAACGGUUGUCCCUGCUCUUCCAACCUAUGAAGAUUUUUUAUGAAAUGAGCCUCUGACACGCUCUGGAUCAUCCCUAAAGAAACUGUGAUUUUAUCUAGAAACUGUUCACAGAAAGAAUGCACCCUGCAGUACUGUGCUGUGCAGAACACUGGAAAGGGGACUAGUCCUGCAUGCUGUGUUUGUAGACCUCCAGCAGGGGGGGGCCAAAUCCUUUUUAUCUCUCUAAACUUCUAAAAAACAUGACUUCAUGGGUCUUUGGUUUUUUAAAAUAUAUGUGCAUUGUUAAAAUGUAUAUAGGAUGUACGAGUAUUGGAAUCCGAAUGGCUAUUUGUUAUCAGAGACUGUCUACUAUUUUUAAUAAAUGUACCUUCCCUUUCCUUGUU